AUGGAUGAAGCACCGCCACCUCCUCCGCCGCCCCACGGCAAAAAUCCAAAAACAUCGGCUGGCUCAAGUGCUCUUCCGCCUAGGAAAUACGAUGUAUUUAUCAUACCGGAGCACUCUGCUGGUGCUGGCUUCCUAUAUCUACCAUCCUUGCAACCGCAAUGGAACAGCUUCUGUGCAGGUGUCAUCUCCACCCUUGCUGCACUGCUCCUAGGGAAGGCGCUGACGCCGGCUUUUCUGUCAUGGUGGCACAGCGGGAUGGGCAGCGUUGGGCUGUCAGUACUCCUGGUUGUGGUAGCGGUGGGAUCUUGGUCUCUCGGCCGAUCUACAAGCAACGUAAAGCUGGGGUCGGGAAGCGACUGGCAAAAGACAACUGGCGAAUCCGAUGCCUCUGGGGCGUUCAAGACAGCGCCCCCUUAUGAAGACUUCAAGUCUACGCACGCGCCGCCACCACGUCCCCCUACACCUCCCACGGAUCCCGAGACUCCGGCCGAUGAGUGGUCGCGUCCUUCGUGGAAGGAGAACAAUGACGCGGAACCGGAACCACAUGUUGAGCCCGAGCCGGAGCCGGAACCCAAGGCCAAGCACAGACCACAAUCCCCAACACAAACUCGAUCGCACAAGAGACCGCAGUCUCCCACACAGACAAGGUCACACCGGAGAUCUCAGUCCCCUGUCCAAACUCGGUCCCACACCAAGUCCCAGUCUAAAUCCCACUCCAAGACACAAGCAAGAUCGCAGCCGAAACACCAGCCACCGCCAGAGCCUGAGCUUCGUCCUGAAGAUGAUCCGGAUUACGAACAGGAGCCAGUGCCGGAGCCGCAUAGACAGGAGUCAGUCGACUCUCAAGAGCCUCCGCAUGGGCCUUCCACUCCUCUUGACCCUGAAGAUCCAACCAAGUCUGAAGUUUCCUCAAAAGGCGCAUGGGAAAAGGCGAGAGAGGAGACUAGAAGGCGGGAGGAGGAGCGUAAGGCCAGGGAAGCCGAACUCAAGAGGCGCGAUGAUGCGGCUCGCCGUCUGCGUGAGCUCCGAGAACGUGAUGCGCGUGAGCGCGAGAAACGGGAGAAGGAGGCCCGUGAGAGGGAAGAAAGAGAGAGGGAGCGCAAGGAACAAGAGACUCUGGAGAAGGAGCGCCUGGAGCGCGAGAUUAGAGAAAAGGUGGAGCAGGAACUACGCCAAAAGGCCGAAUGGGAAGCCAAGGAACUCGCUGCUAUAGAAAAGGAGCGAUUGGCAAGAGAACGGGAGGCCAAGGAACGCGAGCGCCAAAUCAAGCUGGAACAAGAAGCCAGACAGCGUGAACGGGAGAGGCUCCUGCGCGAGCAGCUGACGCGUGAGCGCGAAGCCAGGGAGCGUGAAGCCAAAGAACGCGAGGAAAAGGACCGCGAGGCUAAGGAGCGUGAGCUGCGCGAAGCCCGUGAGCGGGAGGAACUGAGACAGAAGGACGAGGCCAUACAACGUGAGGAAGAAAGGAAACGGUUCGAGAGGGAUCGGCAAGAGGCGAAGGACCGUGAAGUCCGGGAAGCCAUCAGGCGAAGGGAACGGGAAGCUCGUGAAGCCCGCGAAGCACAAGAACAGCGGGAUCGGGAGGAGCGCCUUGAGCAGCUUCGGCGAGAAGACGAGGAGAUGGAAAAGGAGAAGGAGAGGCUUGCGCGCAAGGAAACACCGUAUGCGAUGCCAAAGGUUGGCGAAAGGACCAGCUUGUGGCCAAAUGGCAGACCACCUUCGAUUGUUACUCCUUCGGCCACCGCCUCGCAGACUUCUCAUGCUUCCACCGCUCGUACUUCGACCCCGCGCGCAUCGCCCGCGCCACCACACUCGCCCACAAAAUCGCCUAAUCCAGCGGCAGCGAGGACGGCAUCGCCAAAGCCCGCAUCCCCCAGACCAGCUUCGAGUGCAACAGGCACUGCUGACGAGUACUCUUACCGGCCAUACGACAAGCCUAAAAACCCUACCGCGGCCCGUAAAAAGUCCAUCUCGGAUCUCUCAGAGGACUCGUACGCUCAGUCUGCCACCACCAACAACACUAGCCCUCCGCCUUCGAUGCGGGCUCCAUACCACACUGACGAUCCUGGCAAGAUCGUCAUCAAGGCCGUCUAUAACUUUGUCAACCAUUUUUCGAAAACCCCUGCCUCGCAGCUUAUCUCCGGUAUCGGCACCGUAACCGACGGGCUCAUCCUCCGCAUCUCGACCGCAGGUCUUUUCGUGGAUGACGAUGUGCGCGGCGUUGCCCAACGAGAGUGGGACAUCAAGGCCUGGACCCUUAAGCAGGUCGAAGUCUGGUGUCCUGUGCUCGCUGCUAGCUCCGCUAACGGCACAGGAGUUGCCUCGGGGGCCAUCCCAUCCUCACACCCGCUCUUCAAAAUGAUGCCCACAAGCAGCGCCAUGCGCCGCGCGGCCGAGAAAGCUGCUACCAGGGCCUUUAAUGGCGAGGAGGCCGUGGCCUACCUGAACGAAUUAGGUACCUGCUGCAGUACGAACUGCCGGUUGGGCCUGAAUGCUAACAGCUCGGGCUCUUCGGCGACUGGGUCGGCUGCUUCGCAAGAGGCGGACGGAUGGAAGUUCCGAGGUCUGCAUCUCCUUCGAACAUCGAUCCGCGAUCAGGAGGGCAAACGUUUCUUGUUUGUCGUCGGCGAAGAGGAGGCGUGGAAGAUUGCAAAGGGUCUUCAGUCGCUUCGGAGCGGUAGCCAGGCUCGGGCUGUCGCGGUUUCCGGCUUCAGUGGGAUUGAGGCCAAGGGCAUUCUUGAAACACUGGGUUGGAGUUAGUAUGUCCGGACCUGAAAUGUUUGCGUAAUGUCAAUAUCAGUUAGCCAUGAUGAAGGAUAUGAGCGGUUUGACUUUGUUGAUGUUUGCUUGUCCUGUCAGUUGAGCGAUAUACCCAAAUCUUUGGCUGGCAAGUUUCUGGUCGGGGAGAAGAUGGGCAUUUAAGGGAGAAAUACG